AUGAGCCACCACGCCCGGCCACGUUAUUUAUUAUAUUUUACUAAAUCUUGUCUGUAUCUGAAUGCGAGGGAUACUUGGCCUGUUUUAUUCACCAUCACUGUAGGUUGCUGAGUAAAUGUUGAAUUAAUGAAUGCAUCACUGAAUAAGUUACUGAUUGCCUGCACACAGCAAGUGCUGGGCUGGGGUUCUCCGUGAACCUGGGGAAGUGAGGAGGUUUGCAAAGACAGGAAGAGUCUGGGGUGGGGAGAUACCCAGGCUAGGCUGGUGGCGCUCAGGGGAGAGGACAGAGGUGAGGGGACUUAAUAAGCACCUAGAGAUAUGCCUAGCUCUACCUAAGACUCUCAGUUAACCGUCUAAGGUAGGGACACUUUAUUGCCAUUGCACAGGUAGGGAAACUGAGGCCCAAGGGAAUUAACCCUGACCUGGCCUGGAGCCAACGGAGGAAACCCUGUACAGUUUGAUGCACAAAUAUUUAUAGAGUUCCCACUAGGCUCCCAGACCAUCCCUAGGAGCCGAGCUGCCCCUUGACCCCAUCCAGGCCUCAGUUUCCCCGUCCACACUUCGCCCCCGCCUCGUGGAUUCUAAACUGUUGCCCCAAGGUGGGAGUUGAACGGAAACUACAACUCCCGAGAGGCCGUGCGGCCAAAGGCACACGAGAACUACGGAGGCGAGAGUCUCGCUCAGCCAACUGCCGCUCUCGUAAGGCUCGGGCUGCCCUUGGUGCUGCCGAUCCCAGACGUUGCUGCAUUCAGGCAUUCGCCGACGACAGCCCAGCGCGGGCGGGGUUAGGUGGAGGGGGCCUGAUUCGGAUUCGGCGCAGGCGCAGUCCGCGCGGGUUCUCGCACGGAUAAGGGGUGCGAGCGGCGGCGGCCAUGGACGACGAGGAGGAGACGUACCGGCUCUGGAAAAUCCGCAAGACCAUCAUGCAGCUGUGCCACGACCGUGGCUACCUGGUGACCCAGGACGAGCUUGACCAGACCCUGGAGGAGUUCAAAGCCCAAUUUGGGGACAAGCCGAGUGAGGGGCGGCCGCGGCGCACGGACCUCACCGUGCUGGUGGCCCACAACGAUGACCCCACCGACCAGAUGUUUGUGUUCUUUCCAGAGGAGCCCAAGGUGGGCAUCAAGACCAUCAAGGUGUACUGCCAGCGCAUGCAGGAGGAGAACAUCACGCGGGCCCUCAUCGUGGUGCAGCAGGGCAUGACACCCUCCGCCAAGCAGUCUCUGGUUGACAUGGCACCCAAGUACAUCCUGGAGCAGUUUCUGCAGCAGGAGCUACUCAUCAACAUCACGGAGCAUGAGCUGGUCCCUGAGCAUGUCGUCAUGACCAAGGAGGAGGUGACAGAGCUGCUGGCCCGAUAUAAGCUCCGAGAGAACCAGCUGCCCAGGAUCCAGGCGGGGGACCCUGUGGCGCGCUACUUUGGGAUAAAGCGUGGGCAGGUGGUGAAGAUCAUCCGACCCAGUGAGACGGCGGGCAGGUACAUCACCUACCGGCUGGUGCAGUAGCUGCCGCCUGACAGGUGAGACGGCCGAGGGACAGGCACCGAGGUGGGGUCAGAGACGGGUGUCGUCCCCUCCGCCGGUGUGCAGGGUUGUUCUUGCUUCGUCCAGCAGCAAGCCCUUCCUAGCACCAGCCCAGUUGGGCCACCAGGCGCUCAGGACACCCCCAGACCCCACCCGACUGCAGGCUGCAGCUCCUGGGGCUCUGCACCUGGAAGGGAGAGUCCUGGUACGCGGGGCGUGUGUCUCUGCCACCGCUGACCCACCUUAGAAGCGGGAGACAGUCACCUGCAUGGCAGGUGUGUGGCGGGACUUUCCAGAAGAAGGUUUAGAAACCUGCCCAGAGACCCCAGACCUGAGAGAGGAGGCACAGCUUCAGGCCAACCCUUCCCUGAGUGGGCACCUUGGGAGGGACUGGCCGGAGUCUCAGGAGCGGGACAGCCUCUGCCCAUGGCGAGAGCCUCCCAGCUUCCCCUGGACUCUGGUCAUGGCGAGGUGCUGUCCUGGCAGGCCGCCCCACUUCACACUCAGCCCAGGAGUGGGGCUCGGCCCGGUCUGACGCUGGCACGGUUCCUUUGAGGUCAGAGCUACUGCUCACGCCUGUGUGACCGCUGGGCACAAGUGAGCCGCCUCUGCACUGUGGCCUGGGCCUCCUCCUGCCAGGCCUCCCGCACCCCCUCACGCUGAGUGGGCGUUGGGCUGUCCUGGGCACACUGGAUCUGCCCCUCUCGCGUGACCACCCUCCCCCUCUUUCCCAGCCCCUGGAGGCGGACAGACAGUGACCCCCAUCCCUGCAGGACGAACGCCCCUGUCCUGCCAGAAUCCGGCCCCCCAGUUCUCACAGCUGCUGCUCCUCCGGACUCCCCAAGGCAGGUGGCCUCCACCCAAGUUUUCCCGUCCUGGGGUGAGGCUUCCUGUGGCCCAGCCCGCCCCAUUCACCUGUGGAUUUGUGCGAGAUGCAGCCUCAGAAGGGACAAGGCCCCCAGAGGGAGGUCACCUGGGCGCAGCUGGUGCUGGGUCCCAUCUGUUGGGGGUUUGGGGUCCGGGUCUCCCACCAGCCCCUGCUUCCUCCUGGGCUCCCCUCGUCUUCCCUCCCUCGGGGGCCCUGAUGCGUGGUGGCCCCCGCCUGGCCUCAGCUCCUCACUCCACUCACAGCCGUGCACGCGCUCAAGCCACCAGGGUGCAAGAUUCCAGCUCUGGAGUUCUCGGUUGUUGAAGGAGGUUGGGUGUUUUCAAAUGUUAAAGAUGUUUUGAGCAAAUAAAUGUGCUUGGUAUAGAAACCAGGCCGACUAACAA